UUGCACCCAUUCGUGCAUAAAACCUAAUCAGCACCUUCACCUUCUUCUCCAUGGGCACAGCUAGCUAGACGAAUAUUGGAAGCUUUAGUUUCUCCCAUUAGAUCAUCCCUUCAACGUCUUCUUCUUCUACUUCUUCUUAGUUCCCCUUCUACGGUUCUGCCAGCUGCAUCUUCUUCCUUCUUGGCGGUGUUCCCUACCUUGAGCUAGGUUUUGUGAUCUACUGUUAGAUCUGAGAGAAAGAUGGGGAGGGGGAAGAUAGUGAUAAGGAGGAUCGACAACUCGACGAACAGACAGGUGACGUUCUCGAAGCGGCGGGGCGGGCUGCUCAAGAAGGCCAAAGAGCUCUCCAUCCUCUGUGACGCCGAGGUCGGACUCGUCGUCUUCUCCAGCACCGGCAGGCUAUACGAGUUCUGCAGCACCAACAUGAAAUCUGUGAUAGACCGGUAUACCAAGGCAAAAGAGGAGCAGCCAGCUGGCUUGGACGUAACUUCACAAACUAAGCUCUGGCAAAGGGAGGCAGCAAGCUUGAGGCAGCAACUGCACAACUUGCAAGAAAGUCACAAGCAACUAAUGGGAGAGGAGCUUUCUAGCCUAGGUGUCACAGACCUGCAGGGUUUAGAGAAUCGGCUUGAAAUGAGUCUACGCAGCAUCAAAACAAGGAAGGACCACCUUAUGAGAAGUGAAAUUGAAGAGUUACACAGGAAGGGAAGUUUAAUCCACCAGGAAAACGUGGAACUCUGUCGAAGUUUGAACAUCAUGUCACAACAGAAAAUGGAACUGUCUAGACAGCUUCAGAGCUGUCAAGCGGCAAAUAAAAGCUCUAGCACUCCCUACAGCUUUUUACAAGCUGCUAAUAUUCCUGCUGAUGUUGAACCAAGUCAAUCACAACAAAAGGAACAUGGGCACAACAAAACAGGAGUUCCUGAAUUGGGACUUCAACUGACGUAAGGCAAUCUGGUACGGGCUGGACAAUAUCGUGGUAGUCCACAUUGGUACAUUUCCAAAACAAGAUGCUCUAUUCUAUUGUACAGACUACAAACAGGACAUGUUACGCUAUCAGAGUCCCUACUGUAUUGGCUCAUGCAUCUUAAUUGUUGUUGUAAUGAUACUAGUUGUAAGACCAUUAGCACGAAAGGUGAUUUUGUGCUCAAACGGUAUUUUGCACAUUCUAGCAAUAAGAGGUGUGAGAACGUAGCAGGGAUUGUUACUUUGUUACA